GAAACCUGAACGAGCGGAGUGUCAGACCCACACCAGACCACACCAGACCAGCACUAGGAUCGUCGGUACCUGCACGCUUUCUCUAGUCGGGACCAUAAAGAGCUCUAAAAACAAGACCUUACUUCACGGAGACAGCGGGAUCAAGAGAGGAAUUCCUUCUUUUUUAGUGAGAUCAAUCCGUGACCUCUUUCAUUCUCUCCGGCCUCAGCCUUGUGAAAAUGGGCUGAUAGCGUUCUUUCAUCAUCCAAUUACAACUAACCUUGAACGAGCCCACGGCAGCACUCCCCCUCAUGAUGUCGCAAGAUUCAGACUCCAAACCCUAUCGCUUCGCGGUGCUGGAGGACCAGGAUGGAGACUCCUGCAGCUCCAUGCCAAGGGGGGCCUCGGGGUGCAGCUCCAUGGCACAGCUCCACCGGAUGGGCGGCUACAGCCAAGGUGGGGCUGACUUAGGCCUCCGCUCUGAGGGCAGCGACAGCAGCGGUCAGGACCCUCCCGCCUCGCCGCACAAGCAUCGCAAGAACGCCCGCUCCCGAUCUCUCCCCGAGGAGGACGUGGAGAUGAAGAGCAGCGGGUCCAGCGGGAGCGGAACCGAAUCGCAGGGCAACGAAAGCCACGGCAACCAGAGUCGUGGCAAUGAGAGCCACGGCCACGAGUCCGAGGUCAGCUCCAAUGGCACCAGUAAAGACUCGGCACUGCUGGAAUCUUCUGAAAGCAACAAGAGCUCAAACUCUCACAGUCCGUCUCCUCCCAGCAGCUCAAACGCCUUCAGCCUGCUGAGCUCAGAGCAGGAGGACAACCCUUCAACCAGCGGCUGCAGUAGUCAGGAGUCUGCCAAAGCCAAGACCCAGAAGGAGAUGAUCAAAACCCUGAAAGAGCUGAAGCAUCACCUGCCCGCUGAGAAGAGACACAACAGCAAGUCCUCCACUUUGAACACCCUCAAGUACGCGCUGCGCUGCGUCAAACAAGUGGAAGCCAAUGAGGAAUAUUACCAGCUGCUGAUGACCAAUGACAGUCAACCUUCAAGCCUGGAUGUGUCCUCUUAUACGAUUGAGGAGAUAGACAGCAUUACCUCUGAAUACACCCUCAAAAACAACGACAUUUUUGCAGUCGCAGUUUCUCUCAUCACCGGAAGGAUAGUCUACAUUUCUGAUCAGGCUGCCUCCAUCCUCAACUGCAAAAGAGAAGUGUUCAAGAACAGCAAGUUUGUGGAGUUCUUGACGCCGCAGGAUGUUGGUGUGUUCUACAGCUUCACGACGCCGUACCGGCUGCCCUCCUGGAGCAUGCGCACUGGAGCAGAGUCAUCGCCGCCUGACUGCAUGCAGGAGAAGUCCUUCUUCUGUCGUAUCAGUGGCGGAAAGGAGUGCGAGGGCGAUCUGCAGUACUAUCCAUUCCGCAUGACACCCUACCGGAUGAAGGUCCAAGACACGGUGCAUGCGGAAAACCAGUUCUGCUGCCUCCUGCUGGCUGAGAGAGUUCACUCUGGUUAUGAUGCGCCCAGAAUUCCAACAGACAAAUGCAUCUUCACCACCACACACACUCCAAGUUGUGUGUUUCAGGAUGUAGAUGAGAGGGUGGUUCCUCUCCUCGGGUACCUCCCCCAGGACCUGAUUGGAACACCGAUCCUCCUCCACAUUCAUCCCAGUGACCGACCGAUUAUGUUGGCCAUUCACAAAAAGAUUCUUCAAUUCGCAGGACAACCAUUUGACCACUCAUCCAUCCGGUUCUGUGUGCGAAAUGGAGAAUACAUCAUUCUUGACACCAGCUGGUCCAGUUUCGUCAACCCCUGGAGUCGCAAAGUCUCCUUCGUUAUCGGAAGACACAAAGUGCGCAUGGGUCCUGUGAAUGAAGACGUUUUUGUGGGCCCGGUGUCCGCUGUCUGUGAGAUGAAGACCAUGGAGUCUGACAUCCAGGAGAUUACUGAGCAGAUCCAUCGGCUCCUGCUACAGCCGGUCCAUAACAGUGGCUCCAGUGGCUACGGUAGUCUGAACAGAAAUGAUCUUGUGGGCAUGAGCUCCUCUAGCGAGAGCCUUAACAACGUCAGCAGAACCAAGAUCCGACAAGAGGAGGAGGAAGUGAGCGGCAAAGCCAGACCGCGAACUUUUCAUGAAAUCUGUAAAGGAAUACAUCUUCAGAAGAGCCAGGAGCAUCAAACAAUCAAACAUGACAUCAAGAAAAGCAAUGGCAAGUCCGUAGAGAAGAGCUCGGCGGUGGUGCGGUCCAAAGACUCAGCAGCUCCCCUCAACUGGAAGGAGACCGGGGCCAAUGUCAAUAUGGAGGAGAGUAGGUCCCCUUCCCAGGAGGAGACGGCCUUCAAUGAUCAGACCGUCUACUCCUACCAACAGAUCAGCUGUCUGGACAGUGUUGUCAGGUACUUGGAGAGCUGUAAUGUUCCCAUCACAAUGAAGAGGAAGUGCCAGUCUUCCUCGAACACCACGUCCUCUAACUCGGAUGAGGACAAACGGAAAGGACUUAACAGCAUGCAGGUGCCUCAAGAACCAGCCUUGUUGAAGAAUCAGUCUGCUCUCUCCGCUUUGGAUGAUCGAAACAAAAAGUCCAGUGACACGGCCACAGCAGCGGGGGGCACUUCUCUGCCCCUGCCUGUACCUAACAAACCAGAAAGCGUGGUGUCCAUAACCAGCCAGUGUAGCUACAGUAGCACCAUAGUGCAUGUUGGGGACAAGAAACCUCAACCAGAGUCAGAGAUCAUAGAGGAUGUCCCAGGAACAGGAGAGACGGUAGAGUCCAACCAGGGCUCCAGGGCUCCUCUUUCUGUUGUUUCACCUCCUAGUCAGGAGAGGGAGUCCUACAAGAAAUUGGGCUUGACCAAGCAGGUUUUGGCAGCCCAUACACAGAAGGAGGAGCAGACCUUUCUGUAUCGCGUCCGGGAGUUACGAGGACUCACGGCGCUCAAAGAAAACUGCUCUCAGUACCUGGAGCGUCAGAGGGAACAGAUCGCCAGCGAUGCUGUACUUGCUGCUCGAUCCUCCAAGCAGGGCGGACCGACUGUAGAGCCCAGUGCGCGGCAAGGCACACGGAAUAAGAAGACCAAGUCAAAGCGAGCGAGGAAGACGGACUCCUCGGAUAGCACGGUGUCCCAUCACAGACAGCAAAACGUGCGGCUUCCUCUUCGAAACCACGGCCUUAACCCAACCUGUUGGUCUCGCUCUGACUCCUCACAGUCGACCUUUCCCAUGGCCUACCCCUACCCCUCCGUGAUGCCAGGCUACCCCCUACAGGUUUACCCCAGAGCCAGUUCCAUAGCUCCCCGCGUAGACGCCACUCUACAGGGCUUUGGGGACAGUCAGGGCACACAGGCCCCUCCCUGUGCCCCACCCAUUCAUCCUGCUCCCUACACCACCCCGAUUGUCGCCCCCAUUGUGGCUCUGAUGUUACCCAUGCCCUUCCCUCCGAUGGCCCCCGGAGUGCCUCCUCCACAGCCAGUGUACCACGCAGCGAAUGGUGGCUUCCCCACCCAGCUGCAACCGUUUGGCCAGGCUGCCUUUCCAGGACAGGGCCCCUUCACGUCUCCACAUCCCUUCAGUGUUCAGAACCAGUUCAACUCACAAAACCACUUUGGCCUUCAAGCAGGCUACAUGGCCCCGUCGUUCUACUUCCCUCCAUCCUCGGAAACCUCAAAGGCCCCCGUGGUGGAGGGCCAGUCUCGCUCCUCUACGCCCCAGUCUGGAGGCCCGGUGUCCCCACCCUUCUUCCAGUCCUGCUGCAGCUCACCCCUCAACCUGCUGGAGCUGGAGCUGUCUGUGGACCGACAGGACAGCACAGUGCUCUCUUCUGGAGGACAAGGGAAUAACGCUGCUGAAAGGGAGAAAAGAGCAAAUGGCAGCCAAGCCAUGGAGAGAGAGCUGAAGCAGCUGUCUAUCAGUCUCCUUCGUCCACCUGGACCCUUGUAUCGCGAGAGCUCGCCCUGUGUCCGUGAGCGUUUGUCUUGGGAUAAAGUGUGCUCUAGGCUGAGGGCUUGCAGCAAAGAGGCGAGUUCACGUGGCGACGGGAACAACAGCGACGCAAACUCUUUGUCCAGCGACAUGUUGGACAUUAUUCUCCACGAGGACUCCUGCUCGGGUACCGGCUCAGCCACCUCUGGGUCCAUUGGCUCAGGGUCCAACGGCUGCGGAACUUCAGCCAGCGGGACGUCCAACAGCGGGACAUCUCAAAGCAGGACGUCAGCCAGUGGGACCUCCGGCAGUGGAACAGGAAGCAACAACAGUAGCCAAUACUUUGGCAGCAUGGACUCCUCCCAGAACAGCAAGAAGGUCAACGGUCACUUGAGCGGCAGCGAGGGAAGGCCCGUGGAGAUGGACCAGAGAGAUCACUUACUACUGCAGGACCCGCUGUGGCUGCUCACUGCCAACACAGAUGACAAGAUCAUGAUGACCUAUGAGUUGCCAUCGUGUGACAUCCAAAGAGUGCUCAGAGAGGACCAAGAGCAGCUGAGGCUGCUGCAGAAGAAUCAGCCUCGCUUUUCAGAGGAGCAGAAGAAGGAGCUGAUGGCGGUCCACCCCUGGAUUAAGAAGGGAGGUCUGCCCAAGGCAAUAGACAUCAAGGCGUGCUCCUGUUGUGAUGCUGCCUCAGGGGAAGCAGCAGCAGCAGCAGUGUUGGAUCAGCCAGAGCUGGACAUCGGUGAUACAGAGACGGGGGGGGGGUCGGCUGCCAGCGGAGGCCCAGAGAAGAACCCUCUAAUGCUCUCUCAGACACAACCAGCCUAACGUAACCCGCCCUAUAUUUUUAUAGUGACAUUCAUCACCCUUUAGCCUCUUGUUCUGUACGACUGUGAAGAGGGACCUACUGUUCCAUGAAGCACCACACAGGCCUUUCAUUAAUGUCUCGGUCUUGCUGUUUAGAUGUCAAAGAAAAAACUGGCUCAACAGUCAAGACUCUUGUGAUUGUACGAGUGCCGGACACUGUGACGACGUGUGUUCAUUUGUUUGUUUCUGUGUAGCACUAAACAAAGCGCAGCAUUUGCACUGAUCAGGAGAAGCCGAGCCCAGUGAGUGAAACGCAUCAUGUGCUCUUACACCAGGCAGCACAUCAGAGGUCAAAUGUGCACCAACCAACUGGAGGCUUGCUUCGUUCACAUGCCAGGAAGCGGCUCUGUGUUAUUCUAACUGCUGCAGUUAAUGAUGAAUUCAGCAUUUUUGGGACGUUACAGCAGCUACGUCAGCAUGCGGUGAGGACAGGUGGAGUUACGUUUCAGCCACUCCUGUCAUGCAUUGGCAUCAAGCACCGAAUUGGCGCACAAGUGCACUUUGUCGGAUGCACUGGAAGGAGGGGGGGGGGGGGGGGACAUGAGUGAGACUCAUUUACAUCUGUAGUAUUUGCCCAAAUGAAUUGCUGAUGUUGCAUUUAGUCACUGAAAGGAAAGUGCAAAAUACAGACUUGCUCCUCUGUACAGCAGAGAGCAGGCAUGAACUCACCGCCAAUGGCUGGAGCUUUUCGCCUCAUCCAUCCCCAGUCGGAAACAAACUCAGAUUCCUCACUCAAGUAAAAGUAGCAAAAAAAACAAUACCCUUCAAUGCAAAAAGUAAAAUAUCUCCCUCUGAGAUUAAGUGAAGUAGAGGUAUACAAUUUAAAUGCCUAAGUACAUACGUUACUGAUCCAUGGAGGUGAAAACACUUGUGAGACUGCACUGAGAAAAGGACAAUCAGGUGAGAUAGCAAGUAAGCUACAUUUACCCAGCAACCCAUCAAGUUGUAUUGUUUCUGAGAAUUUAUCAUUACAAAUUUCCAUUUUUCCAGCUGCCUGUGUCCCGGUACCUAAUGCAGCUGUAAGUUUUCAUUCUUUAUGCAUAUUUCCAUGCAGCAUUUGUUUCAGUAUCAGCUGUCAAACUUGCCUCUCACUUAAAGAAACAGUAUAUUUAAUGCAUUUCAAUGCGUGUGUGAAUGUUUGUAACAGCCUUUGACUCUGAGCAUAUAUAUAUAUAUAUUUGUACAUACACUAAUUGUUUCUGUAUAAGAUAUUCUUGUUUUUAAUAUAUUUAUGGAAAAAUAUCUUUGAAAAAACGAGCAGGACCAAGAUGAUUAAUAUUUAAUGUGAAAUCUAUUUUUAAAAUGGGGUUGUUAGGACAAAUCCCACCAUGGACUGGAAAUACUGGAGAAGUAUGUUGUUUAUGGUGGAUGAUUAAUAUAAAAUGUGAGGAGAAUAUUGAUGUUUCCUCAGUUUUAAGAGUCUGCCAUAUAACACUUGAAAUGUCCUGAUGUUGCCCCUCAUAAACAUGGAAAAGAGCCUCCCGAGUAUCCUGUGGAAGUGUCUGAAGCUCAUUACCGUUUUGUGUGGUCACUUCAGAAGUCGAAGUUUAGGGUUAUUGCACUGGUAUAAAGCGGCUCAGACAGAUGUCAAGUGACUGUGUGGACAGAUUUCCUGCACUUUGAAGAAGCUCCUAUGAUGUCGUUGGAGACGAAACUGCAACUUGGAACAUUUCCUGAAUUUGUCAUUUGUCUUUCUGUUAUUUGAACUGAUGCUGACAACAAUGCACCUUUUUUUUCUUAUUUUUACAAAAAAAAUGAUCUGUUUGUUUAAUUUUCUCUAAAUAAAGUGAUGGAGAAGUUACAGUGGG